GAGGUGGCUGCUAGCAGGAAGGGGGUGGGGGGGAGACGCGCGCGCGCACACACAAACAAACAAGCGGCAGACUCUUUCUGCAGGGCGGAUCUGCACAGGCAUUGCAUGGAGCUCUUUCCCCAAGGCGGGCGGACACAAGGGGAGCCUGCAGAUCUAUGCACCGCCGCCUUCCAGAGAGGCAGGCAGGCGCACCGCCACUGACAGCCGUGGUGUCUAUCGCUUGCACUUCAGAUCCCAUUUGUCUGCAACAGCCACGGCAAUAAACAACCGCAGAGGACCCGGGCGUUUCAGAAUCGGUCGACUUGAAGGACUUUCUUGGCCACCCACUCGCCCGCCCUUUUCGUUGUUGUUGUUAUUAUUAUUAUUAUAUGCUGCUUUCCUUUUUUUCCCCUUUUGCAUUAUUGACAUCACCAGUAAGCGCUCUCGCACUUAUCCUUUUUUCCCGUUUCUAAACAUACUCAUCAAACCCACGAAACACAACACAGGCGCAUCCGAACAGCUGGAGUUUUGCCUUCCUUUCUGCCGUCGCAUCGUCGGGACUGGCGUGCGUGAAUGUGAGCGCGGAUCAUUUGGAGCGGGGGGCCAAGGCGAGGAAGCGGAGCCCCUCUUCUUCUCCUCGUGUUUCCCCGCCAGCAGCCAGCCAGCCAAGGGCUGUCGGAUCUCCGCCAAGGAGGACGGGAACUUUUAUUUGCAGCUCCUCAGCCCCGUGGCGAAUGGUGGGAAUCUCCGGUCCUUUUCAGUAAAAGAUUGGUCUCUGGGCUGGUGAACGUAAUAUCUGUCCCAGUCAGGAAAGGAGAGAGAAAAUUAGCAGGACGCUUGGUGGAGAAUGAUAUCUGUCAAAAGAAACGCUUGGAGAGCUCUGAGUUUAGUAAUAGGUGACUGCCGGAAAAAAGGGAACUUUGAAUUUUGCCAAGAUCGCAUUGAGAAGCAUUCCACAAUGCCAGACUCACCUGUGGAUGUGAAGACACAAUCCAGGCUGACACCCCCAACGAUGCCACCUCCUCCCACUACCCAAGGAGCCCCAAGAACUAGUUCUUUCACACCAACAACAUUAACCAAUGGCACAAGCCAUUCACCAACAGCACUGAAUGGGGCUCCCUCUCCGCCUAAUGGCUUUAGCAACGGGCCCUCAUCAUCAUCCUCAUCCUCUUUGGCCAAUCAGCAGUUACCACCAGCUUGUGGAGCUCGGCAGCUGAGCAAACUGAAGAGAUUUCUUACAACUUUGCAGCAGUUUGGCAAUGACAUUUCACCAGAGAUUGGGGAGAGAGUGCGCACCCUCGUGCUAGGACUUGUGAACUCUACUUUGACAAUUGAAGAAUUUCAUUCCAAAUUGCAAGAAGCUACUAACUUCCCACUGCGACCUUUUGUCAUCCCAUUUUUGAAGGCCAAUCUGCCCCUGCUGCAGCGGGAGCUCCUGCACUGUGCAAGGCUGGCCAAGCAGAACCCCGCCCAGUACCUCGCUCAACAUGAGCAGCUGCUUCUGGAUGCCAGCACCACCUCACCUGUUGACUCCUCAGAGCUGCUUCUCGAUGUGAACGAAAACGGGAAGAGGCGAACUCCAGACAGAACCAAAGAAAAUGGCUUUGACAGAGAGCCUUUGCACUCAGAGCAUCCAAGCAAGCGGCCCUGCACUAUUAGCCCAGGCCAGCGGUACAGUCCAAAUAAUGGCUUGUCUUACCAGCCCAAUGGUCUGCCUCACCCUACCCCGCCUCCACCUCAACAUUACCGUUUGGAUGAUAUGGCCAUUGCCCACCACUACAGGGACUCAUACAGACACCCCAACCACAGGGACCUCAGGGACAGAAACAGACCUAUGGGGUUGCAUGGCACGCGUCAAGAAGAAAUGAUUGACCAUAGGCUAACAGACAGAGAAUGGGCAGAAGAAUGGAAACACCUUGACCAUCUCUUAAACUGCAUCAUGGACAUGGUAGAAAAAACAAGGCGAUCUCUCACUGUGCUACGGCGAUGUCAGGAAGCGGAUCGAGAGGAACUUAAUUACUGGAUACGACGGUACAGUGACGCAGAAGAUUUAAAAAAAGGCAGUGGCAGUAAUCAUUCCAGGCAGCAGAGUCCAGUGAAUCCAGAUCCAGUCCCAUUAGAUUCACAUCGUGAAUUCCUUCACAGGCCUGCUUCUGGAUAUGUGCCAGAAGAGAUCUGGAAGAAAGCUGAGGAAGCAGUCAAUGAAGUAAAACGUCAAGCGAUGACGGAAUUGCAGAAAGCAGUGUCGGAGGCAGAACGGAAAGCCCAUGACAUGAUCACUACAGAGAGAGCUAAAAUGGAGCGGACAGUAGCUGAGGCCAAGCGACAGGCUGCAGAAGAUGCACUAUCUGUGAUCAACCAGCAAGAGGAUUCUAGUGAGAUUGGUUCCAGAAGAUGGUGCUAAAGGGCAUAUGCUCAGCCCAUGGCACUUGGUUCUAUGGAUUCUACGAU